AGCCGGGCGGCGGCCGGGCGGUGCUCUCCCGCCGCCUGAGUGGGCGCGGCGCGGGACGGCGGCGCGGGGUGCCGGGAGCCAUGGGCUAUUGCAGCGGCCGGUGCACGCUGGUGGCCGUGUGCGGCGCGCAGCUGGUUUCUGUGCUCGAGAGGCAGAUAUUUGACUUCCUUGGUUAUCAGUGGGCACCCAUCCUCGCAAAUUUUAUACACAUUAUUAUAGUCAUACUUGGCUUAUUUGGAACCAUCCAGUAUAGACCUCGUUACAUAACAGGAUAUGCUGUCUGGCUGGUCCUUUGGGUUACAUGGAACGUGUUUGUUAUCUGCUUCUAUUUGGAGGCUGGAGAUCUUUCAAAGGAAACAGAUCUCAUUCUGACCUUUAACAUCUCAAUGCACCGUUCCUGGUGGAUGGAGAAUGGGCCGGGCUGCACCGUGACCUCAGUAACCCCAGCACCAGAGUGGGCACCAGAGGAUCAUCGUUAUAUCACUGUCUCGGGGUGUUUCCUUGAAUAUCAGUACAUAGAAGUGGCUCACAGUUCUCUUCAGAUCUUCCUUGCACUGGCAGGCUUCAUCUAUGCCUGUUAUGUUGUGAAGUGUAUUACUGAAGAAGAGGACAGCUUUGAUUUCAUAGGUGGAUUUGACUCUUACGGCUAUCAAGGCCCACAGAAGACAUCUCAUUUACAGCUACAGCCCAUGUAUAUGUCAAAGUAAAUAUGGGGACUACUCAAGGUGGGCUGGAGGACCUUUUGAAAAAUCUCUUUCAGGAUGGCCUGGUUCUUCAAAGAGAAGAGAAAUCCAAUUUUUCUGCUAAAAAUAAUGUAUAAAGGCUGAUUGAACAAUGAGACAGAAAGCAACAGAGACCUUCAGCCUCUCUUUCUAACAGGUACUAAAGGAGAUGCCCCAGAUUCACUCCUUGAGCCUCCUGCCUCUCAGCACCCGAGGGACACAGCAGAGGCAUUGGUGCCACCUUUGGUCCCUUUCUUUCCCUGGCCACCGCCAGCACUGCCCAUCUGGAUUAAGACAUGAACCCAGCCCAGUCAGUACUGUGGGAGCCUCCUCCACACUGUGGGCCACGUUGAGUCUCCUCAGUCAACACAACAUUGAAAUACCAGGAUGACCUUGCAGCAGAAGUCAACAGACAGCACAUUGUUUGCCCUGAAGGCUGUACAGUUCAUACUUGCCUUAACCCAACUGCGUUGCACAUUAGAGAAACUACGUGCAAGCUUUCUGAAGUUAACAUGCUGCUGUUAAUUCUGAACAAUUUCUAAGUCAGUGGUUUUCUUCUGUUUGGUUUUGCUUUGUUUUCAUGUCAGGGAAUAAGGCUCUGUUGCUCCAUGGCUCCAGAGCAACCAAGUAGAAAACUGCCAGCUGUCUGAUAAGUGCUUUACUUUUGGGGCUCCACAGUGGUCAAGAAGCAGUUUAUAAUGAUUAAAAAGAAAAAUAAAUAAAGAAAUAAAUUACACCUUUUGGGGGUCAGGGUGGGAAAAGGGGUAACAAAAACUAAUAAUUGAACCUACUGGAAAUAAGCAGCAGAAACAGUGCUUCUUAAUCCCACUGGUUUUAUUUAUUGCACUAUAAGUGCUUUUAUAGCUAUCUCUAAACAUCUUGUACUAACUACAGACACAUCUGCAGAUUUCUAUGAGCAAAGGCCAACUGAAUAUGUACUAGCUAUGUUUACUCUUUUAUAUCUGAUUUCAACUAAAAAUUCUCUGUAAGUGAGCUUUUUUUUUCUAAUUGCACCAUAAGGGAUCCACAUAUUUUAUUUCUCGUUUUUGGUUGGAGAGGGCAGGGAGGGACUAGUUGAGUUGAAGAAAUACUGAAGACCUUUUUGUGGUAUAUUUGGGGGAUCUGUUGUGUGUUAGAACGUGUAUUUUAUCUUCCUGUAUUAUUGUGGCUGAAAAAAACCUCUGUGCUGUUACGUAGUUGGCAACAAGAUGCCUUUGGGAAUUUUGCUAGUAGGUCAAUGUGUAUAUGAAAUACUCUGAACUCCUAGGAACAUAUGUUUUAUUCUACAUCUGAUCUGUAUUUUCAAGAACGUAGAUGGCUUUCACUAGGAAAACCCAAUAUUUUGCUCAGGUUUUUCAGAAACUUGGAUUGUCAUUGUUUCUUUGCUCAGACCUUGCAUAGACUAACGCACGCACCUACCACACCUGAGGUGACCACAUAGCUUUUGAGGGCAAGAGGGAAGGUCAGCGCUUGGAAAUGCCCAAGUCACCCCUGGGCAACUCCCUUUUCCCUGCUGGCCAAACCCUUGCUCCAGAGCCUGUGCACUCACACCACUCACCCGUCCCUGUACAAGCCAGUGCCCUUUGCUGUGUCUGCAUGGAUGUACAGUGUCACAAGCAGCAACUCUGGACAAUGACAGAGGAACAGGCAUUCACCAGUGAAAACAAGAUACAGGACAUGGUCAGGAGCUAUACCUACACUGAUUCAGUGAGAUUUAUAUAGAUAUAGCUAGAUAUAUAUAUAUGUGUGUGAAGGUGUGUGUAUGUCUAUGUAUAUAAAAUACACAGGACUAACUAUUUUUGAGGGCUGCAUCACCCAGGAAGAUUCUGAUGCAGUGGACCAAGAGUUCCCAUCUCAGAUACUGCCGGGAAUUUCAUGCAUGAAACAUGAAUGUUCCCUAGGCCUGAUCCUGUAAAGCAUUCAUUGCUGAUUUGGAUCUCAAAUUUUAAUUUUCAUACUUGAGUACCUGAAAAUAUGAGUUCCUACUGGGUAGAGAUGCUUUUCACCCCCUGGAAACCCCAUUCAACUUCCAAGUGACAGGCUGAAAUUUCCCAUAACUUGCAAAACUAAAAAAGUUUCUACUUUUAUGUAGUAUUAAAUAUAGCAGAUGUAUAGUAUUAAACACAAUGAAGAGGUUUAAAUGGGAUGAAAAUGUCAUAACAGGUUAUUUUAUCUUUCCCUGUAUACCAGUUAAUCAAAACCAUAUUUCUAUAAAAAUCAUUUUUUAACAUGAAAAGAAACCAGUUAAGGCACCUAAGCAGCAAUCCAAUUUUUAGAAGAUAAUUUUUCAUACCUUUCAGUGAUUUCCCAUGGAACAGCGGCUACUGGUAGUUAGCAAUUUUAGAAGUCAGACAAUUUAAUGAAGUGUCUACAUGUAGCUUAUAGGCCUGAUUUUAAUUUAGAAAAUUUUGGCCUUAAUUUCUCUGUGUCUUAGUCUUCCCAUCCAUAAUACGGGAAUAAUAUGUGCCUCACAGGUUUUUUGUGAGGUCUGAAUUGUUAAUGUUUGUAAAAUGCUUAGGAAAUAGGGAGCACAUCUAACUACUAUGGAUUGCAAUAUAAAUGUGUAUUCAUAUAUUACAUAUAGAGUAGAUACACACACUCACAUACACACAGUAUAUAUAUAUAUAUAUAUAUAUAUAUAUAUAUAUAUAUACACAUACAUACCUAUAUGAAGUUGGUAUUCAUAACCCUGCUUAAGUUGCAGUUAGAGCACCACCAUUUAAAAAAUUAGGACCGUUGACUACUCAACUAAAUGAUUAGUGGACAGAUCUCUUCUGGAAGCAGUUUAGAGCACAGUAAUGUGAGAAUAUCUGGAUGCCAUUUUUGAUUUGUACAGCUGUAUCCUCCUCAAAAUCCAGUAAAGAAUGUUAUUUUUCUAGGCUGGGCUUUUGUUAUAAACUAAACUAUUCAGAAGGCAAGAGAUACAAUCCAAAUGUGUCUUUUUUUUCUUUUCUUUUUGGCAUUUGUUAAUUCUGAAUGUAUUUUUAACAAAAGUGAUUUUUUUGACUUACUAGUGUAAUUUGCAUUUAAAAAAAAUAAAUGGAAAAAAUAUAGGUUUCCAAGCUAUUCAUGGCCCCCUGCUGCUAUUCAGAACUUACAGGAAACUCAGAAUUACUCUUCCCAGCUGAGCAACAAUGCAGGAUAAAGAAUCCUAUUACAUUUACAUGAUGACAAUCCCGAUCUGUGCAGUGCAUGGAUGUGACAGCACUGAAUAGAAAUUGCCAGGUCAUGACACCAUUUUAACGCUGUCAUAUGUACCAGGUAUUUUCAUUAUCACUGACACUAAAAGGUUUCUUAUACAAGGCUGACUGCAACAGAUUCUUUACUUAGAAAACAGGGCUGGUUUUGCCCACUCAUCAGGAAUUUUAAGCCCAUGAUAGGUAUAGAGCUGCCAACAGUGUUAAGUAUUGCAAAAAUAAUACUUGUUAAGAAGGAGCUGUGUAACAUGGAUAUUUCCUCUUUCAUAUUCUUUCAUUUGCUAUUCAUUUUCCCUACACUGAAAUGAUGGAAUCCCAUCUUAGGCAAAAUGUUUAUAGAGCUCACAUAUAUUGACAACUCACCUGAGGUCAUUUAAUAAAGGUGGAGCAGAAUGAUAUAUAUUUUGAGCUACUCAGUCAUGCUCUCUUAGGAUGACUCCUUAGAAAGAGAGUUCUUUUGUUAGGAUUUUUUAAGCCUUCAUAAUAGUGCAAGUGAUACAUUUUAGUCAGAUAUGGAGAAGUGGUUUGUGCUCCAUUUUCUUAAUCUAAGUACUGCUUACAAUACUCCACUGCUGCACAGCAUUUUGACAAAGUCUGGCACAGUUAUUAUAGUAAGCAUUUACAAUACAGUUACGUAUUGAUUGCUGGAUGUCUCCAGAUAGGAAUGGCCAUUAACUCAGUGUCUGAAGCCUUUCAUCACUUGCAUGCUCACCCUCCAUUUGAGCAAAUUGAUAGUAGCCAAAGCAAUACUCCACACUCCAUGAAUCACUCCACCUUGUAACAUUUUCAUUUCCAGUCCUCUGUUUUAUUUUUAAAUGCAAAUACUAAGAGGAGAAGGACUUUUCUCACAAAGAUGGAAAGCCCCAUGAAUAGUCUAUGUGCAUGUAUUGCUCUCUGACUGUCUACUAAUGAGUAGUUGAGAUGAAAGUGAUGGACUUCUUGAGUUUGUUUCUAGCUAUUCUGAAUCUGGCUUCCUCCCAGAACAUCUGGAUUGACAGCAGACACUAAAGGUAAGCCAGGUGUUGUUGAAGAACCAAUGCACAGCAAUACUGCAGACAGCACAGUGUCCACAGCUUCUUGGAGAAAGAUUAAGACAGUUGUUAAGCUAAUUUCUCUUCUUCAAGCUAUGUGCAGUAUUAAAUGCAAUUACAAUACACAAAUGAAACCACCCUUUAGACUGCAAUUACUCAUUCACAUACAGAAGUGGCACAGCACAGAAUCAACCAGUAAAAGGGAUUUUUCUCCUUUAGUCACCAAUAUGCUUCAUCUCCUGACGUGGAUUGGAGAAAUCAGCUCUGUUUGAUCUCAGGUCCUGGCAAGUCCCUCUGUUUAAACCUUCAACAAGAGAAGCAAUUACAGCUAGUUAAAGCUGAGACCUUGGCAUAGCUAAGUGGUUUAGAAAGAUAUUGUACCAAAUGUGAAGUUCAAAGUAGCAUCAUACAUGCAUUUGUAGCAAAUCUCUCUCCAUAUGUACAAAAGAAGGGUCUUUUAAAAAUGCACUUUUCCUUUAUCUCUCAGAAACCAAUUGAAGCAGAUUAUGUCUUUUACAAGUCUUCCAAAAUCCUGCCAAGAUCAUGAAAGACAUUUUUUAAUAAAAAAUCCAAUAAAAAAAUCCAAUCUUUCUGCUCUCUGUUGAGUAGAAGACUUAGCUCUUGGGACUUCAAAAUGCCUUGGGAUUAUUAUUUUGGAUACACAGAAGCACUAUGAAACAUGAGAAUUAAAAAAUAAAUGUUUGUGGUCAUCUAUGAUUCAAAAUUAAAUCUCUACAAAAGCCCUGCUUCUCCAUCCACCAUUGGAAAAGGGUCUUUACUGCCAUCUGGCACCUUAUCAUUUUCCCAGCUUUGCCUUUGUCCUGAUGGGAAUUAGUUUAUGGGGAGUUUAAGGUGAAGAAGCAUGUUCACAUUCAGCAUAUGUUCUCCAACAGCCUCCAGUUCUGCCACCAUCUUCUUGUCCCGUUCUCACUGUCUCUCUUCCUGAACACAAUCCCAAAUACCCUCCCAAAAUUACAUACUGCUCUUUGUCACACCCAUUGUUUCCAGCUCACAUAAAGGUGAUGAUGGCAGUUGUGGAGGAUAGUGUCACUAAGGAUGUGUACAAAACAACAAGAGGAAGCACAAGGUUAUGUACAUUCUCAAAAAACCUCGGACAGGGAGACAUUUAACUGAAUGGUAAAGGUUGGCAGCAUUACAGAAGCCAUGAGACAGAGCAAGCCCUGGUAGGAUCAUUAGCACAUGUGCAAUUACAUUUGCUAAAGCUAUAGCUCACUGAGUACACAGAAAGUCAUAAACAUCCAGAGCUACAAAAGGCACAGGUGAAUUAGAAGAAAUUGAUAAAAAAUGUUUGCGAACACAUUUACUGGAUUAGAUUCACAUUUCAUUUUCUUUAAGAAUUUUCUCAGGAUUGUGUUUUUUCCCCUUGCAAACAUUUAGAUAGUUGAUUUCUAUGCAUGCAGGUGAAUAUUUUGCUCCUAGGAGAGCAUGUGAGUAUGUGCAAUUGCUUUAAUUUGCAUAGGGUUCUCCAUAUUGAUGCAUCUGUGUGCAUUUGUGCUAAAUGUUGGCUCAGUUCACUCACUCACACAUACAUGCACACAUACACACACCUGUUAGGUGGCUAUAUUUUAUGGUGGAGAUACAUAACUACACACUGUCUCACUCCUUUUCUGUUUAGCUUUUCCUAUCCCUCCUCUCAAGACAUUCAAAGUCCUAAGUGUUUAUUUUCUAGACAAGCAUUUAGUACACAAAAAUUAUUAUUUCUGAUAAUAACUGGAUGUACAAGCAUGGUCCAAUCUAUGAAUAGAGUAAAUAAGACAGUCCUUCCUACAAAGGGUUUAUGUGAUAAAUAAAGUUAAUGAGAACAUUUCAAUUAGGAAAAAAAAAAAAUAUGAUCUCACAGUCCCACUCUGCUGUUAAAUUUUAGUUCGUUGAAGAAGUAGAUGACAAAAAAAAAUUCAGAAAAAGGAAAAGGUGAUAUGGUUAUUUACAGCAUUACAUACAAGAAUUAAAUAAAAUAAUCAGCCAAUUAUAUCUUACUAGGGUAUCCAGUUAAUUUAUGGUAGCUCCAUAUGGAUACAUUAUAUCUUAUCUUACAUUUUAAAGGCAUUUAAAACAGUAGCUAUGGAAGAAGAACAAACAUCAAAGGGACUGCAUAUUGAUGUAAUCACAAAAGGUUGAUGGAUUGAUUCAAUUAAUCAGUGACUCAUUUCUAAGAGUUCUGCAGGGAUUUAUUUACCAAACACUUAUAUUGUUUAUUUUGCUGUCUGGAUGGUUUGUAUACUGUCAUUUUUCUUCAUUAUUCUACUUGUUUCAUUCAUCAGUUUCUGACAAAUGUUUUCAUGCUGAUAUGUGGCAUGUUAGGCAUGUAAAUUAUCCACAUUUACUGAUUUAAAGCAGUACACUCCAAACUCUCGGGAGCUGAGAAUUUUGUUUGUUUCCCUCAGAUCCUGAAAAAUGCAAGCCAUCUACAAUUAAUAUAAAGAUGUGUUUUCCAUUUAAUUUUUGCCUUUAGUGUCUGCUCAACAUGGCAAAGAUGUAAGUUCUUGUCUAGUGUAGCCUCCUGCUUAAACUUUAGAUAGAAACUUACUAUGGAAAACAAUUUGAACAGUCUUGAUGGUAAAUAGAAUAACUGUUCCCUCUUUGUUUUUUCCUUAUAUUUUGUAGUUCAAAUCCAGGAAAGCAGUGCAAGAAUGUUUUAAGGAGGUCAGGAGUUUCACAAUGUUUUCCACAAGUUUAGAUAAGUUUUUACAAGGGCAAGAAGUGAUAGGGCAAGGAGGAAUGGCUUUAAAUCUUAAAGAGAGAAGCUUAGGUUAGAUAUUAGGAAAAAAUGCUUUCCUUUGAGGAUGGUGAGGAACUGGGACAAGUUGCCUGGAGAAGUGAUGGAUUCCCCAUUCCUGAAAGUGCUCAAGACCAGGUUGAAUGGUGAGCGAAUCGGCACAUACAGGAAACAAAAGGCAACCAUCAAACCACAGCUGAAAUGCAAACUGCAUUUAUUUAAUUGCCUUGCUCACAGUGCCAACCAGCAGAGACACACAGGGCACAGGCUCCAUCUUGCUUAGUUCAUCCCAGCAGGUAGCAGCAAUCUGGUCUAGUGAAAAGUCUCCCAAACUCCCAAAGGGGUUUUGGAACUAGAUGAUCUUUAAGGUCCCUUCAAACUCAAAUCAUUCCAUGAUUCUAUGAUUUUCUGUUUUAAUACUGUCACAGUAUGUGCUUCAAAGUCAAUAUAUAGAAAUGGACAAAUUAGGACAAGUCACAGAUUUCAAAAUGGCAGAUACUGGGCAAAACAGGGGUCUGUGAAAGAUGAAGAAUUGAAACCAAAAGGAAAACAUUCUUUGAAAGUAUUGAGUCUCAUUUGGGCAAAUAUUUUUAUUUUAAACUCUCAGGAACACUGAACAGCUUUUUUUUUUUUUUUUUUUAUUUAACAUAUUCAUUGGAUAAACACAUGCACCAAGGGUGUGAUUUCCAGGCAUCUUCAGCAGUGGUCAAAUUCUUACUUCACUUUUAGGUGGCUAGGAACAACUUCUCGGGAAGAGUGAAAGUUCACAGACCCAGUGACAAGAGCCCUGGCAGUCUGCAUCAUGUGACAGCCUUCCCCAGUGGAUUUAGAAAACUCCACCCUACCUAUCAAACCUACUAUAAUAGACAGAUGGAGACAGACAUCUCUAAGUGAUAGCAGGUGACACACAUGGAAGCACAGGACGUUCCCUCUGAACAUCAGCAAACUGUUACUGUCAGAGUCACCAAGCACUGGCACAGAUUGCCCAAGGAAGCUGUGGGGUCUCCAUUCUUGGAGACUGUUAAAUCAUGACUAGACUUGGUCCUGGGCAACGUUCUGUAGGUGGCCCUGCAUGAGUAGGGCUGCUGGACUCACCAAUUACUAGAUGCACCUUCCAGCCUCAAUCAUUCUCUGAUUCUGUGAUUUGCCUCUCAUUUAAGCUAUGUUUCCCCCAUUGGAAAUACUCCUAGCAUCUUAAAAUAAUGCAAAAACCUUCUUUUUUGGUCUGAGGUAGUCACAGAAUUAACCUUCGGUGUGAAAAUAACAGGUCUGCAUAUUAAAAGAGAAAAAAUACACAUCAGUUUCUAAAAUGCAUUGUUUAUUUUUUUUCCCCUAUUUGAAUCUUCUAUAGUUGGCCAGUUGGACAAAAUCCCAGCCCCGUUAAGGUCAGUGAGAAUCUUGUUGAUUGUUUCAAGGAGAUUUCAAGAUCUCACACUUGUCAUGAAGAUGUCUGAAUAUUUGCUUUCCUUGAAAAACAAAAACUUACUACCAUUAUCCUCAAUAAUUUUAAAUGCUCUAUAAAAAUUGAGAUAUUUUUUUCCCUUUUCAUGCCCAGCAUUUGUGAAAUAUAUAGCUUGGUGAUAUAAAAGUUUUAUCUAUACUCAUUUGUGCUGACCCAUAUAACUUGCUCAUUGCCACAUUUGUGCCAGUAAAAUCUUUCUAUCAUUCCCA